AUGGAUAUGCCCUGUGAUGAAUUUUGCCAUGUGGUUUUUAAUGCUAUCGACGCUAGCGCUGAGCAUUUUGACAGAACAAUGGGAAGAGCCGAACAACACGGAAUCGUUGACCUGUUUCAAGAGCUUGAUCUUGUCCUGCGUCUCGGUCGGAAUUGCAUUCAUGCCACCAACAUUCUCAACGACAACAUCUUCCAGUUCGCCAAUGCUGCAUAA